AUGUGGUCCAACACUUUUGUCAUGAGAGGGAAUACUUGCAGCGGGCGUAAUACAAAACAAAACUCACAUGAACACAUCUUAUCUUUUCUAGAUGCUACUGAUACUGAAAAAGAAAAAGCCAAAGCUGUAAAGAAAGAAGCAACAGCAAAAAAAGACAAACCCAAAAGCCCUGCAGUGGCUAAGAAAGAGCCAGCUGUGAAGGAGAAAACCAAAGCUGCAGCAGCCGCUAAGAAAGAGCCUGCAGCUACCCGACAGAAGAGGAAACCAGCCUCUGAAAAGACAGAAGCUGCACCUGUCAGGAGCAAAGCCAAAGCGUCUGCAGCGAAGAAAGAUGCAGAACCACGUCCGCAGCCGAUCCGACUGAGACCGAGGCUAGAAUCUGUGAGGAGGGCGAAUGUGACCUCUGAGGCGAAGGAGGAGAAACCUGCAAAAUCUGAAGCAGCCAAAAUAAGAUUGAGAUCAUUGGCGGACAAGAUAAGCAAAGCCGAGAAGGCUGACAAGAAAUCUGUCAAAGAGGCUCAAGAUAAAGAGAAACAACCAGCACAAACAAAAGAGCCUCAGUCAGAGGACAAUACUACAGAGAAGAAGAAACCAGGCCAGCGAUACUUCCAGUGCAUUUACGUCCCGGGUAAAAACGCACAGUACCCAUUAAGACCUUUCACCCCGGCCAUGACCCCCGCCAUGAUGUCCUCCCCCAUGAUGUCCCCGGCGAUCCGAGCCAUGAUGGAGCAGCAGAGAGCAGCGAGGGCGGCGGGACAAUAAAAACAACCUGACGUCAUUUCACCUCAUUUAAAAAAAAAAAAAGCACUGUACUGUAUCCUCCAGUCCAGCAGGGGGCGACGUUGAAAUCUGUGGAAUCCUUCGACUGUAAGGAACAACACAGAUAAGAGUGGACACAACUAUUUUGUCUUUAAUUUAUUGAUGUAUUUUUUCUCCUGAUGUGGUCGAGCUCCUGGGUUUGUUGAUAUUUUUUCCUCUCAGCCGAAGCUUCGCCGUUUUUUUUUUUGCUUUUGCCGAUUUUGUCGUCUGCCACGCAAUGUAGUCUCAGCUGUCAUGUGAUAUCACCAACAUCCAAACAAGGAAGUAUUAUGUGGAUAUUCUUUACUCAGUAUGAUGUACAUAAUAUUUUAAAUUCAGGCUGGAAUAAAGAAACACAAGCUGGCAUGUUUUUCAGUCACUCUUGUAGACAAGUUUAUCAUCAGCAUAGAAUCAUUCACAUUUAUAUAGAAGUCACAAAAAAGCUGUGAGAAAUACAAAAGAAGACCAGUUAAGCUCCAAAUACUGAAAACUUGGACAGUCAUAUUGAAAUAAAAAGGUUUCAAAUUAAUAUUUUGGGGUAUUUUGCAUAUUUUAGAUAUUUUUGGAAAAGCAAAAAGUUGCUUUUAUACCCCAAAUAACCUGAAAAUAAGAAGUUGAAUAUACAACUCUGUUAUUUCUGUCGUGUUUUGCUGCUUAGCUAAUUAGCAUGCUAACGUUGGAGGCUGAAGUCCCAGGAGCUCCCACAGGUGAUCCAAACAGCCUCCCUGUCUUCAUCUGUCAGACUCAUCGACAUGAUAAAUGCUGUAACCUUGAAUAAAGACAUUUUCCUCUUA